AUGUUUUUCACUGGUGACUUGAAAGAUUUGCGGAUUCUCAUAUAUAUCAUUUGUGAACAUUUCUCUUUCUUUUCUUUUUUUUCUCUUGCUUUUCUUUUCUCUUUCAUUUUCUUUUCUUCUUUUACUCUUUCUUUCUCUUUUCUUCUUUUUCUCUUCCUUUUCUUUCUUUCACUUUUUCUUUUUCUCAUUCCUUUCCUUUCUUUUCUUCUUUUUCUUUUCUUUCUCUUUCCUCUUUCUCUCUCUUUUCUGCUCUUUUCUUUUUUUUCUCUUCCUUCUCUUUUCUCUGUCUUUCACUUGCUUUCUUUUUUCUCUUUUUUCUCUUCCUUCUCAUUCCUCUUUCUCUUUACUUCUUUUUUCUCUUCCAUCUCUUUUUUCACUUUUCUUUAUUUUCUCAAUUUUUUCCUUUCUUUUCUUUUACUCUUUUUCAUUCUUUUUCUCUUUUCUUUUUCAUCCUUAUUUUUACUCUUCCUUUUCUCUUUUUUCACUUUUCUUCUUUUUUCUCUUUUCUCUUUCUUUUUCUUUCCUUAUAUUUUCUAUUAUUUUUCUUCUCUUUCUUCCUCUUAUCUACUUUUUUCUUCUCUCUCUUUCUUUAUCAUUUCUUUCUUCUCCUACUUCUCUACCACCUUUUUUGUAACACCUUUUCUAUUUAACUCUCCUCCUCCUCCUCUUCAUUCUUUAUUUUCUUCCUCCUUCUACAACUCUUUUCCUUCCCACCCAUUAUUUAUCCCUUUAUUCUCUUGA